GCGUCGGGGUCUGUCACUUUGCAGCCGGGCGUUGGGCCACACCGGUGUUGAGGAACUGGAGCGCAGCUAGUCCCCAGGCCGGUUUUCUAGGAGGUUUUGGAGACCCGAGGCGAGGGCUGGGAGGAAGAGGCGAGCGCAGGGCCGCUUCGCGCACGCCCUGAUCGCGGGCGACGGUCGCGCAGCCGAGCCCCGGUUUCUCCGUGGGUAGCCUGGGCCGCUCCGCGGGGCUGUGGGGCGGCGCCCCGAGUCACGUGUUGUCCGACCCCAGGGUGGCGGGGGAGGCGGUGCCCCGAGCCACCCUGCCCUAGAGGGACCGGGAGACUGAGACCUGGAGCCGACAAGUCCGUGCUGUCCGUCUCUUUCUGCGAGUCCCCCGGUACAGGUUCCGAUGGCGACCGCGGCUCUGAGAGACCCUUCCCAGGGCCUGAUGGCCUUUGAGGAUGUGGCCGUGUACUUCUCGCAGGAGGAGUGGGCGCUCCUGGACGCAGCCCAGAGGGCCCUGUACUGCCACGUGAUGCUAGAGAACUUCGCACUUGUGUCCUCGCUGGGACUCUCGGCCUCACGACCCCGGGUAGUCAUGCAGCUUGAGCGUGGCGAGGAGCCCUGGGUUGUCAGUGGGACAGUUGCGGCAGCAGCCAGGAAUGCCCAGAGAAAGCCCAGCCCUGGCUCCUGUCACCUGGCACACAACAAGGUUGUUCCUGAAGAAGCAACAAUGCCGGGGACCUUCCAGAAUGGCUCCCCUCCAGCACCUACCUUCACUGGCACCUGUGACCGUGGGAAGAGGUCAGUGGGUUGGCCAGGCACCUCCCUCUCUCAGGAGAAAAAGUCCACUGGCGUGUCAGUAAUCUAUUGGGAAAGGCUCCUGCUAGGUCCUGGCAGUGGGGAGGCGAGUGUCAGUCUGCGGUUGACCUCUCCCCUGAGGACUCCUGAGGACAGCUCAUCUAGGGAGAAAGCCCUCAUGCAUGGCCCCCUGCCAGGCAAGCAACAGAGGCCAUGUGGGGGCCAGAAGCCAUUUUCUCAGGAUGCCCCUGGAAGAGCCUUCCCCAAAAUUCCAGAAUUUGAGGCUGGUCUCCCCUCUGGGGAAAGAGAAAAGGGUGUAACUAGCCACAGGCCUCAUGGACUCCCUGCUAGCCAAGAGCCCCCAACCUGGGAUCAGCUGGGCAAGGCCCUCCACACAAACUCUGGCUUCCUUUCCGGGGAGAAGCCCUUUGAAUGCAGGGCAUGUAACAAAGUGUUUGUGAAGAGCUCCGACCUGCUCAAGCACCUGCGCACCCACACUGGAGAGCGGCCAUACGAGUGCCCGCAGUGUGGCAAGGCCUUCAGCCAGACAUCGCACCUGACCCAGCACCAGCGCAUCCACAGCGGUGAGACACCCUACGCAUGCCUGGCCUGUGGCAAGGCCUUCAGGCACAGCUCCUCGCUGGUGCGACACCAGCGCAUACACACCGCUGAGAAGUCCUUCCGCUGCAGCGAGUGCGGCAAGGCCUUCAGCCACGGCUCCAACCUCAGCCAGCACCGCAAGAUCCACGCAGGCGGGCGGCCCUACGCAUGUGCUCAGUGUGGCCGCCGUUUCUGCCGCAACUCACACCUGAUCCAGCAUGAGCGCACACACUCGGGUGAGAAUCCUUACACCUGUGCCCUUUGUGGUGCCGCCUUCAGCCAGGGCUCCUCGCUCUUCAAGCACCAGCGCGUGCACACGGGCGAGAAGCCCUUCGCCUGCGCACAGUGUGGGCGCGCCUUCAGCCACAGCUCUAACCUCACGCAGCACCAGCUGCUGCACACUGGGGAGCGGCCCUUCCGCUGCGGGGACUGUGGCAAGGCUUUCGCCAAGGGCGCGGUGUUGCUCAGCCACCGACGCAUCCACACGGGUGAGAAGCCCUUUGUGUGCACACAUUGUGGCCGCGCCUUCCGCGAGCGCCCGGCCCUCUUCCACCACCAGAGGAUCCACACGGGAGAGAAGCCUUUGCGGCGACCUCGGCGUGGGCCAGGCCUGUGCCCUCAGGCCAGGCCUUCUUCAGGGGCGUCAUCAGAGGGCACCUUGGGCAGAGUCGCUGGGCCCCCUCCUGCCUCAGGUCCACUGGCCGUUGCGAAGCCUGCUGACGCCUGAGCUCACAGCUCCAAUCUUCCCCAGCUUGUGGUUAAUCGCCCUUGUUCCCUGCAUAUCCACAGUUUGGAGAAGCCCCGUGCGCGCCCUGUGCUUCCACGUGCACAUGGUGAGGAUGUUUGCCAUUUCAGCACCAGCUCACUACAACCCCAAGAGAUCUGACUACAGAAAGAUCAGGGGGGUGGACGUGGAGGCUGGGACUUCGGUGGGCACAGACUGGGCAGUCAGAGUGGCGCUUCAUGCCUCUUUGAUUGUGGGCACUCGGGUGAGGAGGGGAAUGCUGCAGUGUCGUGCAGGCAGUCCUAGAAAUGUCUCACGCCCAUGCACAGACAGGCCAACGGGCUGACCCUCAGGAUAUUCCCUCAAGACCUCAGUUUGUCGAAGGCUUCUGGGAGCCGACCCAGUAGAUGGUAAGUCACGUGGGGUCUGGUGUUGGCCUUGGGCUCUGAGCCUCCACUUCCACCUCUGGGUAAAAUAAAGGAAGAGAGAGGGAGAGAGA